GCAAAUAACUCCCAUCUUCGGGACCAAUGGCUUUACUCCAUCCAGUGGAAGAAACACAUGUACAAAUAUGAGAAGUUGUUGAAAAAUGCCAGGCGCCCUGAAGUGUUGGUAAAAGAAAUAAAGAACAUGAUAGACGUUUCCUUGCACACACCAAUACAAGACCCUAGCGUGUAUCAGUUCCCAUUGGAUCUUGUUUCAGAACUUCUGCAAAGGAAUGCUGAUGUUAUAACUAAAGUCGCACACGAGAAUAUAAUUGUGGCCCUUGCUCCACUGUUGGAGAACAAUCACCCUACACAAGAAAUCUGUGACUUCUUCAGCAAGCACUGCAAAAACAGUCCCAGAUCAAGUAUUGUGAUAGAGCUAUUCACCCCUGUUGUACAGAGGAUUCUCAAACAUAAUAUGGAUUUUGGGAAAUUUCCCCGAAUGCGACAGUUUGUUCAAGAAUACAUUCAGGCACUGAAUUGUCAAAAUGCAGGCCUAGAAGUGGUUAAAGAGUUCAUUAAAAGUAUGCAUGGUCCAGCAAGUGUUUGCCCACAUCCGAGAGUUCUGCCAAAUCUUGUUGCAGUUUGUCUGGCAGCUGUGUACAGCCUUUAUGAGGACAAAAGAAUGGCAAAAGAAGACGAUUCUGAUGAGUAUGAUUACGACCCGUUGGAGUGGGAGAAAAAAGUUGUUUGUUAUAUUGGCAUGAUGGAAACAAUGUCUAUUUAUGAGGAUUGGAGGUACAUUUUAGGGAGCUUGCUUCAGCCUAUACCUUUUCCAAAUGAUGCCCUUGCAGAUGAUCUAUUCACAUCGCAUAUGAAGGCCGUGAUUCGGAACAUCGCUACAGAUGAAGUGUGCGACGUUCAUCAAACUAUACUGGGUAUACGAGAAGGCAAAGAAGGCUGGUUCCAUAUUUACUGCCCCGGUAACAUUGGCUGUGAUGAUGAUGGAAUAUUAUGGGGCCAGAUGUUGAAGACGUUAAUGCAUUGUUGUUGUAAACGGAAGAAUUUUUUGUAUGGAUUGAACAAAAUGAUAGGGCCAGUCAUGUUGCUGUCCUUACGAGAAAAUAUUGCUGCAAUGGAAGUACUGUGUGCGAUGCUUGAAUGUGACGUUGUUGAAAAUAAUGACCUCAAGAUGCAGAUGGUAACGACGCUACAGAGCACAAUGUCGGGCAAGCGUAUGUACGCAGAUCUCUGUGAGAGACAAAUCGCACUCAGGGAAUUGCAACAGAAAGGGGGACCGAAGAAGCUGACUUUACCGUCCAAGUCAACUGAUACUGACCUAGCCAAGAUGCUCAGUUCUGGGUCGUUUGGAAACCUCGAGUGUUUGAGUCUUGCAUUCACUCAAGUAACAAGUGCCUGUGCAGAUGAUCUGAUAAAGCUACCGUCAUUACGCUACCUGAACCUCUGGUCAACACAGGUACUUAUAACAUUGUCUAUAACUUUGUAUAACAACUGCUCUUGUCUUUGAUAUUAAAGUGACUCC